CUAUACAUUUCUAGUUUCAAAUAUUGUUUAUUUGAAGUAACUUGAUGGAUAAUAAUGGUUGGAUAAGAUACCCGGCGUUCAAUUCGUCAAGUGGUCCUUUCACCAUGGAUAACUGGCUCAAAAUCUGCUUAUUGGUUGUGUUUGCUGUUGCAACAACCGGAAAUGAAGAAGCAACACCUGCCAAGCUUCUUUUCUCAAAGCAAAUUCUAAACAAAUACCUCGUUGAAGGAAUGGACAUUGUUAUCAAAUAUUCUCUCUUCAAUGUUGGUGGUACUGCAGCCCUUGAUGUUCAAGUUGCUGAUAACACAUUUGGACCCCAAGACUUUGAAGUUGUUGGUGGUCAGCUGAAGGUCACAAUUGAUCGCAUUGCUCCUGGUUCUAACGCUACUCACGUAGUCGUCAUCCGUCCAUCAAAGUUCGGAUAUUUCAAUUUCACUGCGGCUGAAGUCACCUACUUACCAAGUGAAAAUGCUGCUGAGGCACUCGUUGGUCUUUCUAGCGAACCCGGACAGGGUGCUAUUGUGCCAUUCAAGGAGUACGACCGAAAGUUUUCUCCUCAUUUGUUGGAUUGGCUGUCCUUUGCCGUUAUGUCGAUGCCUUCUUUGGUGCUUCCUUUUGCCUUGUGGUUCUCUUCAAAAUCCAAAUACGAAGCUGUCUUAACACAGAAGAAAGACAAGUAAAGUAGCUACGGGGAUUUAUCAACAACUUUGAAGUGAAGUAAAAAUAACCCUCCACUCUGCAAAGACUUAUGUGUGCUCGAAGAGGCAGUAUGUUAUCAUUUUUCUGUUAAAGAAAAUCAACUGAGGGUUUUUACGGGUGCAAGCAGAAAUAAAACUGUUUUAUCCUGA